CUUGCUCGUGGUGCGUUCAGUAAAGGAGGUCUGGUGUGGACGUGACGGGGAAGCUGGUUGUUGUUCAGCAGCGAUCAUGCCGUUCAUCGAUUUAGAGACCAAUUUGCCCGCGAGCAGAUUCCCCGAGGAUUUCCUGAAGAAGUUCGUCUCCGCCACAGCAGCGGCUCUCGGAAAACCGGAGGAUCGGAUGAUCGUGCUGGUGAAGCCCGACCUCCCGCUGGUCAUCGCCGGCUCCUGCGCGCCCGGUGUCGUGCUGUCAGUGGCCGGGCUUGGAGUCACCGACACGGCAGAGAAGAACCGGGAGAACAGCGCCAAAAUCUUCCCCUUUCUCACACAGGAGCUGGGACUCGGCGAGGACCGGAUUGUGAUCAGGUUCAGCCCACUGGAGCCGUGGCAGGUGGGGAAGAAAGGCACAGUUAUGACCUUCCUGUAGGACAGCAACACCACCGAGCAGCAGACGGAGGAAUGCAGGACUCAUUCCAUGACCAUAUAACAGAUUAUUAGAAAAUCAGGGUUUAAAAUCUAACCUUUUCUCCUCCCAUUCAGAUUUCCUGUAGAGAUGUUUCUGUUAGUCACAUCUCAGAUGACAUUCCUGUCUGAAGGUCAGCAAAGUGAAUCGUACUGUAAUUUUUUAUUUAGUGAUUAUUAUUUUAUUAAAUAAUUAAUCAUGGAUCUCGUUUUGUACACUCACUCCACUCUUUUAUACUGUUUUUUUCCUGCUUUUGAAUUAAAGAGCCAAUAAUGAUGCA